AUGGUCUCUGAUAGCAACAACAGCACCACCAGCACCACCAGCAACACCAGCAACAAAAACAGGUGCAACUCGAACAACUCGAACAACAACAACUACUACUACUCAAGUACUAGCUGGUGCAACGACGAGCCCACAGUGAACUCGAAUACAGUCAACGACUCACUUGUUCAGCUUAUGCUAUACGGCGCCACAGCGGCAGCAACUACUACAAGAAGCUCAACUUCAACAGCAGGCACCACCAGCAUGCAAGAACCGCCAUUGACCGAGCUGCUCUCCAUCAAAUGUGAGUUCAAUCACCUCGAAGAUGACCUGAUUAGCAUCCUUGGAGAUGCGAUCAAAAUUGUCCAAGAAGAUGCUGAUGAUGCUGGCUUGUUCUUUCCUGGUACUACACGUACUAUUACCAAUGAUCUCUUCCUGAUGCAAUAA